AUGGCAGGAAAGAAACCACAACGUAUGGAAGAACAACAAGGGUUUAGACCGUGCUGUAGCCAGAUAUUUCAAUGCCUGAUUCAUGCUGUGCCGCAGAUUGUACAAAUAUGCGAGGAAAAGAAAAAAAACUUUGUUUUUACUGGAUUCCCUUUGGAAGUACUCCUGAAAGACCUUCAUGAAAAAGGAAGUAUUGAUAGGUACCAACGUGCUCAAAAGUUUAAGGCAAUAAAACUACAGCAUAGUGAAUCGUUGGACAUGCAAGAGGAGGAAGAUUAUGGAGCUACAAAGUCAUUUGUGGAUAAAGGAACUCAAACAACAACAGAAAAUAACAUCAAAGCACUGGAAGAGGAAAUUUGCAGACUCAAAAAUAAAAACACAGAACUUUUGAUAAAAGUUAAUGAAAAAAUAAUUAGCACAGGACCCUCACAACAAUGUCCUAUGAAAAUCUUAAAUGCAGCGAUAAAAUAUAAAGUUGAGAAAGUUUGUGAUAUCUCUAUGAAAGAUCAUCUCUUGAUAAUAUUGGUUGAGUUAAGGCUUGGAUUACUUAACAAGGACCUAGCACACAGAUUUGGCAUUUCUUUUCAAAAAGUUUCCAAGAUUUAUAGAUCAUGGUUGCCAAUCAUUGCUGAAAAUUUCCUGAACUGUGCUGUCAUAAUUGAUUGCACAGAAAUUUUUAUUGAAAGACCAUUUGGUUUAAAUACACGUGCUCAAACAUGGUCGAACUAUAAACAUACAAACACAAUAAAAUACCUUAUUGGUAUAACACCGUCAGGUUCUGUCAGUUUUUUGUCACGUGGUUGGGGUGGACGUGUGUCCGACAAAGAUAUAACAAAUAAAAGUGGAUUUUUAAAUAAAGUUAUGCAUGGGGAUUGUGUUAUGGCUGAUCGUGGUUUCACUAUAGAAGAAGAACUUUGUAUAUCACUUUGUAUAUUGGCAACUUCGGUUAAAUUGUCGGACAUUUUUUGA